GCGGGCGGGCCACGCCCACCGCGGGGCUUCCCCGAAGGGGCGGGGGGAGGGCGCGGCGCAUGCAAAUGAGAUGCAAACGAGAUGCAAAUGAGGCGCGCCGUGCGGAAGCGCUGCGAGGAGGCGGCGGCGGCGGCGGCCGGACCCGGGGGGCGCGGGUGACCACGGGUGACCAGAGGUGACCACAGGUGACCGGAGCUGAUCGGAGGUGACCACAGGUGACCGUCGACCACCGCCCCCACCCGCCAUGACGGCGCCGCAGCGCCGCGUCCGCCUGAAGCCGUGGCUGCUGGCGCAGGUGGAGAGCCGGCGCUACCCGGGGCUGCAGUGGGUGGACAAGCGGCAGCGCCUCUUCUGCAUCCCCUGGCACCACGCCACGCGGCACCUCCCGCCCCAGGAGGACGACGGCACCAUCUUCAAGGCGUGGGCCACGGAGACGGGGAAGUUCACGGAGGGGGUGGACGAGCCCGACCCCGCCAAGUGGAAGGCCAACCUGCGCUGCGCCCUCAACAAGAGCCGCGAGUUCCGCCUGCGCUACGACGGCACCAAGGACGCCCCCCCCAAGCCCUACAAGGUGUACGAGGUCUGCGAGGCCGACGGCGCAGACGCGGUGGCCGGGGACGACUUCGUCUGCGGCGGGGAGGAGGACGUGAGCCAGCUGCAGAAGCUGAUGUCCCUCAGCAUCGACGGUGAGCCGGCCGUGGGGGGCGCCCCAUGGGGGGGCGGCGAGGUGGGGGCAUCCCCGGCCGCCCCCCAACCCCGCUGCCCCCCAGACGCCACCGUCCACACCGGGGACCUGCUGCCCCCCUACCCCUGGCCCAAGGAGGAGCCCCCCUUCGGCAGCGGCUGCCCCAUGGGGCCCUUCCUGCCCGGGGGGGCGGUGGCGGCCCCCGAGCUGCCCCCCGGCGCUGCCGGCACUGCGCCCCCCCCGGCCACCCUGGCGCCCAUGGAGCACGGGGUCCCCAACCUGCUCAUCAGCCCCCACUUGCUGCCACCAGUGACCGACCUGGAGCUCAAGUUCCAGUACCGGGGCCGCCAGGUCUGCGUCCUCACCAUCAGCAACCCCCACGGCUGCCGCCUCUUCCACAGCAGCCUGGAGCCCACGCAGGAGCAGGUGGAGCUCUUCGGGCCGCUGACGCUGGAGCAGGUCCGCUUCCCCGCCGCCGACGGCAUCCCCAACGAGAAGCAGCGCUUCUACACCCACCAGCUGCUGGACGUGCUCGACCGCGGGCUCAUCCUGGAGCUGCAGGGCCAGGACAUCUACGCCAUCCGCCUCUGCCAGUGCAAGGUCUUCUGGAGCGGGCCCUGCGCCGCCCACCGCGCCGGCCCCAACCCCAUCGAGAGGGAGAAGAAGACCAAGCUCUUCAGCCUCGAGGGGUUUCUCAACGGCUUGAUCCUGUUCCAGAAGGGGCAGACCACCACGCCGCCCCCCUUCGAGAUCUUCUUCUGCUUCGGCGAGGAGUGGCCGGACCAGAAGCCCAAGGAGAAGAAGCUGAUCACGGUGCAGGUGGUGCCGGUGGCGGCGCGGCUGCUGCUGGAGAUGUUCUCGGGGGAGCUGUCGUGGUCGGCCGACAGCAUCCCGCUGCAGAUCUCCCACCCCGACCUGAAGGACAGGAUGGUGGAGCAGUUCAAGGAGCUCUACCAGCUCUGGCAGAGCCAGCAGCGCCUGCCGCAGCCCCCGGCGCGCGCCGAGCCCGGCCCCUGGGCGCUGCCGCCCGGGUCCCUGCCCCAGUGAGGGGACCUGGGGGACGGCCCCGCGGCGCCCGAUGCCACCGUGGGGC